AUUACAAUAUAAAAAAACGAGAUGCAUUUGAUAACUCAUAUAUGAUUGAUAAAAAUCUUUAUGAUAUUGUUAUUGUUGGAGGGGGGAUUACCGGAAGUGCUUUAGCAUGCGCUUUAGAUAUUGGUGUGUGGGAAAAUAUUAUACAGGAACGCAUUAAACCAUUCAAAGACAUGCAAGUAUGGGAUGGCAUUAGUAACGCCAGAAUAAGAUUUAAUAGUGAUUUUAUUGAUAAAAAUGUAGAGGCCAUCGCAUGGAUAAUGGAAAAUCAUAAUAUUCAACAUGCCAUUCUCACCAAACUUGCGCAAAAUAAAGAUAGCAAUGUCAAUUUUCUUGAAAAUACUAAAGUAGAGAGAAUCAUGUUUGAUAAUAUUGAUUACGAAAAUGAACAAUUUGACUUAUCUGACUGGCCAACUCUUGAAUUAAGUAAUGGAAGAAUUUUAAAGGCUAGACUAUUGAUUGGUGCUGACGGAAUCAAUUCUAUUGUUCGCUCAUUUGCUAACAUUGAAUCACUUGGUUGGGAUUACAAUGCAAGUGCUGUGGUGGCCACUUUGCAAGUGGAUCCUCUGGUGGAAAACAUAGCAGCGUGGCAACGAUUUUUACCAACUGGCCCUAUUGCAAUGUUGCCGAUCAAAAAUGGAUUUUCAUCGAUGGUAUGGUCUACGACUCCCACUCUUGCUUCCAAGAUACGUAAACUUCCAUCAAACAAUUUCGUACACUUGGUGAAUGCAGCGAUCCACCUUCGAGUUGCUGAUUUAGAAUAUUUAUAUUCUCAACUUGAAAAUAAUGCUAUUGACUUUUCAAAAGAAUUUGAAUGGCGUCAAUCUGUUGAGAAAAAAGCAGGCAUUGGAAAUAACCCUGAGGAAAUAUUUCCACCAUUAAUAUUGGAUAUACAAGAAAAAAGUCGUGCGGAAUUUCCAUUAAAGAUGAGAAAUGCAGAAACUGAUGUACAAAGUUUAGUCAAAGUCAUUGAACAUGGAGUUAUUACGGGGCAAGAUUUAGGUAAUUUACAAUAUAUUUAUGUUUAA